AUGAAAGGUGAUUUUUUUUAAUUGUCAUUUUUUGUGGCGCUCGGACAAUGGCGAAAUUAUAUAUUUGAGCUUUAAAAACUCAUGACGUUUCUCGUUCAAGGUUUUGAAGGAAUUUGCGAGUCUCCGAGCGUUGAAUUUCUUGAUAACUUGUAGCAUAUUGUCUAGUUUUUACUUUUCAGAAAUCAAGCACGGCGAAACGAAAAAGUCGGUCAUCUACUCUCUUCUUCUGACGCCAUCUUCGUUCGGAGGAUGGAACUUGGACGUGUUAAUUGGAUCUCUUCAGGUGAUUUUGAAAGUAAGAGACUACAUUAAUGGUUUUGAAAGUUCGAAAACGACAUUGAAACAUCUAAAACGUAGAUGGUGAGCCUUUACAACUGUUUCCUGAUUUGAUUGGAAAGACGGCUUGAACUUAGAACGAUUUUCGCUGAGAUCAGUUGAUGACAGGAAAAGCUCGCUAUUUCCUUGUUUUUGAUGUGAAUUUUUGUUUCGUUUUGAUAAGAUUUCGAAGAUGUUCUAUUUUAAGAGGGCAAUACCUUUUUUUCAGUGUGUUCGUUUUAUCAUGCUCUUACAUCAGGACGUUUUAGCUUUUCCUCUUGACUCAAAGUUUGUGCCUCGUUCAGUGUGAUUUCGUGGUUUCCACUCGGCAAACUUGUGAAAUAGCGACAUUUUGCAGGGUUUCCCGAGUGGAAGUCGCGAAGUCACUCUGAACGAGGCAUCACUUCGAGGCAAACUUGUAGUUGCUCGAAAAAAAGAAAGUUUUCGGGGUGUACGAGCCCCUUUGCCACCAACGAACAUAAAUUCUUGAAGAAGCGCGCCAGGAAACGGACGCCACCAGAUCGAUCGUUGGUGACGUCCACACCCGGCGCUGUACUCCAAGAGUCUCUGCAAGUUGGGAGGCAAAUGCUUGGCUGGGAUUCGAACCCGAGUCCCCAGAUCGAGGGACGAGUUGCCUCGCCACUCUACCAAGCCCGCACGAUCGUUCCACUUGUCUCGGCGCCCCAUACCGCCGCUGGUCCCGAGUGGCCGAGUGUCGGCUUGGGUCGAGAGGCGCCGUUUGACCCCCCGACUGUAGUUUGACCCGCGGCGCCAAAACAUUGCGUCAUCCUUCCCUGGCCUUCUAGAACUUCUUCUUGCGUCAUUCUUUUUCAUUUUUAAUGUUUUUUAAAUUAUUCCAACUAAAGAUCAAGCUUUUUAGUUGUAUGGGAGUAUAGUUUAGGAUAAUUUCAAGCUUCUUUCAUGAUUAUAUUCAUUAUUCAGUAUUAAAUGAUUAGAAAUUAUUGACUUUUAUGACUUUUUCGAUCAGUUUUGAAUUAAAAGACGUUUGAAGCUUGCAUAAUUAUAGUGAUAGUGUACAUGAUAGUGUGUUUCAAGUCAAUUCUAGAACUUCUUCUUGCGUCAUUCUUUUUCAUUUUUUUAAUGUUUUUUUAAUUAUUUCAACUAAAGAUCAAGCUUUUUUUAGUUGUAUGGAAGUAUAGUUUAGGAUUAUUUCAAGAUUCUCCCAUCAUUCUUCAGUGCUAAAUGGUUUUGCGUCAUUCUUUUCAUAUUACAAUCGAUUUUCAUUGCUGUCAAUUCAAUUGAAGCUUCUUCAGGAUUUUACUUGAUUUUGUCAUUAAUAUGUUAACUUUUAUUUUUCUUAUUACUGUUAUAGAUUUUUUUUUUACAAAAUGGAAUUUUUUCCAAAAUGGUUGAUUACCGUAAGUUUUCUCUCCGCAUUCAACAAACAUCACACACUUACACAGAAAGCAUCGUGAAUGACGACAGUUGCUGAUCCUAAAGUUUGCUCAUUGUUUUUUGGGUAAUUAUUUCAUGUUUCAACCUUCAACUUUUUUAUAUAAUCGCAUGUCUCUCUUCCACAUGUAUAACUUCUGCCCCGUGAAUAUUUUGAACUAAUGUUUUUUUAGUUCCAGAUGGCUGGGAAUCUUUGGCGGGGCUUCUUCAAGAACAAUCAGUCUGUCUUCUCAUCAACUCCAAGAAAUCGUCACAACCGUAAAAACCGUAACUGGAUCUGAAUCAAUGCCGAGUCAAAAAAAGGUGAGUUUUUUAAAAUUUUGUGCGUUUUCUCAAUUUUAAUUUUUCAGAAAACUUGGCAGUCGUCUCCUUCGAAUCACAGAACUGGCAAGGAAUCAGAAGUCAGGAUUGAGAUGAAAUGA